AUGGUGAACAGUCUUUGGUUCAAGUGGAAGAGCCUUCGCUUUCCAUGGCGCAAAAUGUAUAUUGUCGGCGAGGACCUCGCCGGAAACACCUUUUGGGUGUUCAAGGAUGCAGUAAAUACCAACCGAAUGCGACGAAUCGUGAAAUUUGACCCCAGAACACACUAUGAUGAAGUUAAGGUUACACCGCAAUGGCACCAAUGGCUCCGAUACCUUCGCGAACACCCGCCAACACUCGAGGAACAGCGACAAGACCUCAUACGCCAGGCCAAAAUGAAGAAUCUCGCCCGACUCGCCGACGAACGUUGGGCCAGCAAACCCUCCUUUCUGGACAAACCCAAGGCAGAAUACAAACAGCCUACACCGCAAUAUAGUCAGACUACCGCAAGUCCCACCCCCAGUGAUGCCCCAACACAGAAAGCUCCGGCACCCGCAGAGCCAACGCCAACGCCAACGCCACCGUCACAGCCUGAACCUACUCCCACCCCGGCUCCUGCUGAGACCAAGUCCAAGAAACCCGAGAACCCAUGGGAUAAGGCUGUGAAUCCCGGCGAUGGCUGGCAACCUGAGUCCUGGACCCCGACAUCCCGUCGGUGA